AUUGUUUGUCGUCGCAAUUGUGUGGGUGUGCAGUGUGCACGUGUGCUUGGCUUGUAGGAAGUAAGGAAUUGUUUGUUGUGAAAAUGACUGUGAAGGUUUUCAUCGCAAGUGCAGACAAACCUCCGACAUGUGCACUGAUUAUGGCAGAAGCUGUCAGAUCCACCAUACCAACGAAACUGGAAUGGGGCUCUAAAACAGCUUUUGAAGUGUCAGAUGAUAAAGUCUUCAGUAAUGACCACACAGUUAGUCGAUAUUUGGCUAGAUCAGCACCUUCACAUGCAUUAUAUGGCACUACCAUCCUGGAGCGAACAGAGAUAGAUCACUGGCUGACUUUCAGCAGUGGUCCACUGCAAUGUGAACGAGAUUUCCAAAAAGCUGUUCUGUAUCUGGAUAACAUUCUUGCACCUUCCACAUACUUGGUUGGAAAUAAAGUCUCUCUAGCUGACUUCGCUGUGUGGGGAGUUUUACAUGGUAACCCUAAUUGGAAAGCAGUGGAACCAAGUCCCCCAACAAAUGUGGCUCGUUGGUACAAUUUUAUAGAAUCUUUAGAGUGUGUCUCUUCUGUAAAGAAAAUUCUACCUGAAAACAAAGCAAAGAAGGCAAUUACUGCAGAGCCUGUCCUGUCUGGGAGAAAAGAAGAAGGGAAGUUUGUUGAGUUACCUGGAGCAGAAAUGGGAAAAGUGGUUGUAAGGUUUCCACCAGAAGCUAGUGGGUAUCUUCAUAUUGGCCAUGCAAAAGCUGCUUUGUUAAAUCAGUAUUAUCAAGAAAACUUCAAAGGAAAGCUUAUUAUGAGAUUUGAUGAUACCAACCCUGCAAAGGAGAAGGCUGAUUUUGAAAAGGUAAUUUUAGAAGAUCUGAAACUACUGCAAGUUAAGCCAGAUGUUUUCACUCAUACAUCGGAUUAUUUUGACUUAAUGCUUGAAAUGUGUGAAAAACUCUUAAAGGAGGGGAAGGCUUAUGUUGAUGACACUGAACCAGAACAAAUGAAACUGGAACGUGAGCAGAAAAUAGAAUCAAAAAACAGAAAUAACAGUGUGGAACAGAAUUUAAAGAUGUGGACCGAAAUGAAGCAGGGAACAGAAUUUGGCCAAAAAUGUUGUGUACGUGCAAAAAUUGAUAUGAAUUCUGUCAUUGGUUGUAUGCGUGAUCCAACAAUUUACAGGUGCAAAAAUGAGCCACAUCCCAAAACUGGAACCAAGUACAAGGUUUACCCAACAUAUGAUUUUGCCUGUCCCAUUGUAGACAGUAUUGAAGGUGUUACACACUGUCUAAGAACAACUGAGUACCAUGAUCGUGAUGAACAAUUUUAUUGGUUUAUAGAUGUUCUUGGCUUGCGGAAACCAUACAUAUGGGAAUACAGUAGACUUAAUAUGACAAACACAGUUCUAUCUAAGAGGAAACUUGCUUGGUUUGUUGAAAGGGGACUGGUUGAUGGAUGGGAUGACCCAAGGUUUCCAACAGUUAGAGGCAUCUUGCGUCAUGGUAUGACAGUAGAAGGACUCAAGCAAUUUAUUGUGGCCCAAGGCUCAUCCCGAUCUGUCGUACUUAUGGAGUGGGAUAAAAUAUGGGCUAUUAAUAAAAAGGUAAUAGAUCCAAUUGCCCCUAGAUACACAGCUGUCUUGUCAGAGGGAGCCGUAAAUGUGAAAGUAAAUGGGGUAAUUGAAGCACCACUGAUUGCGCAGAAACACCCUAAGAAUCCAGAUGUUGGUACCAAAACUGUUUGGACAGGACCUAAUUUGCUAAUCGACAGUGAGGAUGUAAAUCUUCUGAAAGAAGGAGAAAAUGCUACAUUUAUAAACUGGGGAAAUCUGAUGAUCAAGAAGAUUAACAGCACAAACGGCGAAAUAACUGUGGAAGCUGAACCAAAUAUUGAAAAUAAAGAUUACAAAAAGACACCAAAAUUAACAUGGUUGGCAGUGACAAGUAAAGCACCCUUUGUACCUUGCACAUGUGUCUACUUUGAUCAUAUUAUUAGCAAGGCCAUUUUGGGAAAAGAUGAAGAUUUCAAGGAUUACAUUAACCACCAAACAAAGACAGAGGUACAUCUGCUGGGUGAUCCAGAAUUAGCUUCUGUGAAAAAGGGUGAUAUCAUACAACUUCAAAGGAAGGGCUUUUUUAUAUGUGACAGGCCCUAUAGACCACCAAGUGUAUAUACCAGUGUUGCAGGUCCCAUAAUAUUAUUUCAUAUUCCGGAUGGUCAUACAAAGGAUAUGCCUACUGUUGGAAAACCAAAGAGUUCCAAAGUUGACACCAAAAAGGAAUUUGGGAAUAAGGAAAGCAGAAGUACUCAGCAACAGGAAGCCGGAAGAGAUCUCAAAUCUGGGUCUGCUCCAUACUCUCUUUCAUUCAAAGUUGAAUCUGUGUAUGCUGUAGGUUCAGAUGCUAAAGUUGCACUUUUACAAAAAAUAGAUUCUCAAGAAAAAUUAGUUAGUAAAUUGAAGGAAGAAAAUGCCAGUGAAGAAACAAUUGAAAAAGAAGUGAAGGCUCUCCUUACAUUAAGGUCAGAAACUAAAGCCUUGACUGGUGAAAGACUUAAAAUCGAUUUUGAUCCACCAAAAAUCACUGAAGAGGAACAAGAAAAACCACCAAAUCAGGUUAAGGAUACUAGUAUUACGGACGAGCUUUUGCUUAAAAUUUCUGCACAGGGUGACACUGUUCGAAAAUUGAAACAAGAGAAAGCUGCCAAAAAUAUAAUUGAUACUGAAGUAAAAAAACUGCUAGAUUUAAAAGCUCAAUUCAAAUCUGUCACUGGAGAAGACUGGCGAGUUGACCUUGUCCCAAAGGUAAAAAAGGAACUAGAAUUGCCAUCACUUAAUACAAGCAUUGAUGUUAGAAAUGAUUUACUAGAAAAAAUAGCAAGUCAAGGAUUAACAGUAAGAAAACUAAAAUCUGAGAAAGCAGAUAAAGUUGUAAUAGAUGCAGAGGUGAAGAAGCUUUUGGACCUGAAAGCUGAGUUUAAGUCUGUUACAGGAGAAGACUGGAGGACGGAAUUAGCAUCAAAGGACCAUAGUAUAGCAAAAGAUACUUCUGCAGGAUCUGUAGCUCCUGGUGUUAGAAAUAAUUUGCUAAAAGCAAUUUCAGAACAAGGAGAUGUUGUUAGGAAACUGAAAUCUGAAAAAGCACCUAAAAGUGCGAUUGAUACUGAAGUGAAAAAACUACUUGAUCUGAAAGCAGAAUUCAAAGCUGUUACAGGAGAGGACUGGAAAGUAGAAUUAGCACCAAAGAACAAUAUUUCGCCAAGUGCUGGUGCUGUAGCACCUGAUACAAGAAACAACUUAUUAAAAGCAAUUUCAGAGCAGGGAGAUAUUGUAAGGAAACUGAAAUCUGAGAAGGCAUCUAAAAGUACAGUUGAUGCAGAAGUGAAAAAGCUACUCGACCUGAAAGCAGAAUUCAAAACCAUUACUGGAGAGGACUGGAAAGCUGACCUGUAUUCUAAAGAUACUGCUCCCAAAAUGUCAACUGCAGGUGCUGGUGAAGAUACUGCUGCCAUUUCCACACUGACUCAAGAGAUAACAGAUCAGGGUAACAAAGUGAGAAACCUGAAAUCCACAGGUGCACCAAAGGUCACAGUGGAUGCCGAAGUUGCUAGGCUGUUGUCUUUAAAAGCCGAGUACAAACAAAUAACAGGGAAGGAAUUUCCAUCGGCUGGAGCAAAACAAGCAACCAAAAAAGAACCCAAAGAAGAAAGGAAGGAGAAGCAGAAAAAGGAAGUCAAAGAAAAACAAACCGCCAUUAAGAAAGAACCCGAGGUGAAGGAUGGAGAACAGGUUGGCUUGAAGAAACAAACUCGGUUGGGACUGGAAGCAAGGAAGGAAGAAAAUCUUCCGGAUUGGUACUCACAAGUUAUAACCAAAGGAGAACUAAUUGAAUACUAUGAUGUCAGUGGAUGUUAUGUUCUACGUCCAUGGUCUUUUGCUGUUUGGGAAAGAAUAAAAGAUUACUUUGACUGUGAGAUUAAGAAACUUGGUGUUCAGAAUUGUUAUUUCCCACUGUUUGUUUCACGUGGUGCCUUAGAGAAAGAGAAGUCUCAUAUAGCAGAUUUCUCUCCUGAGGUUGCAUGGAUUACUAAGUCAGGUGAUACUGACUUGGCAGAGCCUAUUGCAGUACGGCCGACGAGUGAAACUGUGAUGUAUCCCUCUUAUGCCAAAUGGAUACAAUCUUACAGGGACCUACCUCUGAAACUCAAUCAGUGGAACAAUGUUGUGAGAUGGGAAUUCAAGCAUCCACAGCCUUUCCUUCGUACCAGAGAAUUUCUGUGGCAGGAAGGGCACACAGCAUUUGCCACAUUUGAGGAAGCUAGAGAGGAAGUGAAGAUAAUGUUAGAUUUAUAUGCCAAUAUCUACACGGAUCUUUUAGCAAUCCCAGUUAUUAAAGGCAGAAAAACACAAAAGGAGAAAUUUGCUGGUGGAGAUUAUACUCUCACUGUUGAAGCAUUCAUAUCAGCCAGUGGACGUGCAAUACAGGGUGCCACUUCACAUCACUUGGGGCAGAACUUUUCUAAAAUGUUCGAAAUUGUUUUUGAAGACCCUGAGACGCAGGAAAAGAAAUUUGUAUAUCAGAAUUCCUGGGGCAUUACUACACGAACAAUUGGGGUAAUGAUAAUGAUACAUGGGGACAACCAAGGACUCGUUCUUCCACCUCGAGUGGCAUCUAUCCAGGUGGUGAUAGUACCAUGUGGUAUCACCGUAAACAUGAAAGAUGAAGAGAGGAAUGAAUUAAUCUCUUCCUGUAGACAGCUUGAACAACAAUUGAAGGAUAAAGGGGUAAGAGCACAUGGUGAUUAUCGAGACAAUUACUCUCCUGGUUGGAGAUUUAACCACUGGGAGUUAAAGGGAGUUCCUAUAAGAGUAGAAAUUGGUCCAAAGGACUUAAAGCAGAAGCAGAUUAUUGCUGUUCGCCGUGAUAAUGGAGAGAAAAUUCCUAUACCUCGUGACUCGGCAGUCAGUGAACUGCAACAGUUAUUGGAAACCAUUCAUCAUAGCCUGUUUAACAAGGCAAAGAAUGAUUUGGACCAGCACACUAAACUUACAAAGAAAUGGGCUGAAUUUUGUCAAAUUGUUGAUCAGAAAAAUAUUGUGCUCGCACCAUUCUGUGGUGAAGUUGAAUGUGAAGAUAACAUCAAAAAAGACAGCGCAAGGGAUGAUGCAGAUGCUGAACCAGGAGCUCUUGCCAUGGGUGCCAAAGGUUUAUGCAUCCCAUUUGACCAGCCUGAUACCUUGGAACCUAAUGAUAAAUGUAUCCACCCAGCAUGCAAUAGGACACCAUUGUUCUAUUCUCUUUUUGGACGAAGUUAUUGAUGUUAAUUGUGUGUAAAAUGUUUAGAAAUGUCAACAAAUGGCCCUCCUUCAGCUGUUUGUGGAUAAGAAAGUUUCUGUUGCACAACAUGUAUGUAAACUUUCUAAUGAGAUAAAAACGUCUGUUUUUUA